CCUUGGAGCCAAGAUCAAGAUCAAGACAAAUCACAAGUCUCCUGUGACAUCAAGAUCAAGCGCUACUUUGUUUACAAGCUGCGCGAGGCCGCCGCUGCUUGCCUCUGUGUACAAGGUGGAGAGAACUCCCGCCACGCCAGAAUGGGACGUCGUAAGUCAAAGAGGAAGCCACCCCCAAAGAGGAAGAACAUUCAGCCCCUCGACACACAGUUCAAUUGCCCGUUCUGCAACCACGAGAAGUCCUGUGAGGUGAAGAUGGAUAAACCGAGAAAUGCAGGGAGAGUCUCUUGUCGCGUGUGCUUGGAGGACUUCCAGUGCUCCAUCAACUACCUUUCAGAACCUGUCGACGUCUACAAUGAGUGGAUUGACGCCUGUGAGACCGCCAACUGAUCAAGAGCCGACUCACCUCCACCAUGGGGACGUGCGUUUUAGAUAGCAAAGUACCGUAUAUACUUACUUUAAAUUCAUCACCAACCCAGGGCGAUCGAGGACAAGCUUAACCCCAUAGAGAAGUACCAAAGCUGACUUGCCUCCACACUCUUACCUCUGCCAUGGGAACGUGCAUUCUAGAUAGCAGAGUAGCAUUCAUACUUGCAUUAAAUUCACCACCAACCCAGGGCGAUCGAGGGAUAGACUUAACCCCAUAGAGAAGUACCAAAACUGACUUGCCUCCACGCUGCUAUGGGAACGUGCAUUUUAAAUAGCAGAGUAGUGUACAUACUUGCUUUAAAUUCAUCACCAACCCAGGGCGAUCAUGGGACGAACUUAACCCCAUAGAGAAGUACCCAUUUAUAACCUCUUUCUAAACUACAAGCCCGCCAACUGUUGAAGAGCUUACUCUCCUCCACACUAACCUCUGCCAUGGGGACGUGUGUUUCAGAUAGCAGAGUACCAUACAUACUUGCAUUAAAUUCACCACCAACCGAGGGUCAAACUUAACCUCCCAGAGAAGUACCCAUUUCUAAGCUCUUCCUAGUUUUGGUAUGAGAAAUUUGUCAUCAUAUAGCAAAUUAGCGGACACACUUUAAUUUCAAUACCAGUCCAGGGCGAUUGAGGGACACUCUACCCCCCUCCCCCAGAGAACUACCCAUUUAUAAGCAUUUCCUAACCUUGGUAUGAAAAAUUUGUCAUAGAUAGCAAAAUACCAGACACACUUUACUUUAAAUUUAAUACCCCCCAGAGAACUACCCAUUUAUAAGCUCUUCCUAAACUUGACAUGAAAAAUUUGUCAGAGAAUGAACGUUUUACACAAGUAUAUAGUAAAUGUCACAAUCAACUUUCCAACCUUCCUAUAGGAUAUUGGUGCUUCGAGUCACUUCCGUUUGUUAUGGCAGGGUUCUUUAGAUCUCAUUGGGGUGUUUGGGCAUUGAUUUUUGGUCUAACAUUCAUUAUUUUUGUAUUGAUAUUAAAUGCACUUCGAAGCCAGUUAUUGUUUGUGAGUGCAUUUGAUAAAACUACUGGUAAAAAUGUUUGAAUUGUCAGAAACCAAUUGUAAAACGUACCUGACCCACGCUUGCUUGCUCCCCAGUGUUCCGUCAGGUCAGCUAAAUCAUAUGUGGACCAAAAGGGUUCCCAUGUACCAGUAUUACCCUUUGUUUCUAUGUGGUAUGUGGACAGUUGCUAUGUUUAUUUUCAGGCACAUAUCGCCUCAUACCGGUUGCCUUACAUUUCUUUAUUCUACAGUAACGAUGAUGGCAGUUUUACUAUAAUGAUAAAAUGUAUAAAUUCAGAUUUUAUUUACAGAAACAAACAUGGAUACAGAAUACACAUACAGUAGACUAUAAACACCCAGCACUGAAUUUAUAUUAAUACCUUGUCUGAAGUACGGCAUGUUCACCAAUUUGUAGACACUGACAAUUAGUACUUACUUAUAUCAGGGAAAAUAAACACUCCAGAAAACUGAUUUGAAGUAUUCAGAUGAAAUUUUGUUAGAAUAAAGAUUGGUUACCAAAUUA